AUGUGUUAUGUUGUGAUGAAGAACAACGAUCCAAAUCAAUUUCGCUUUGUGGAAGAAAGUAAUGAGGACAUUAGAUUGUUAAUGAAAGAUAUAAAGAAGAGAUACAAGAUUAGUUUAGACAAAAAAAAUAAAGAACAAGAAGGAGAAGCUUUGAGUUAUAUUGCUUUAUUGUACUAUAAAUUGGGUGAAUAUGAUAAAGCAUUGGAUUAUAAUCAACAACAUUUAUCUCUGUCUGAAACAACCAAUAACUUACGUGGCAAACGACGUUCACAUUGUAACAUUGGCUGCAUUUAUAAAGUAAUGGGAGAUUUGCCAAUGGCUUUAUUUCAUUUGAAGAAAGCUUACAAUAUUAGUAAAGAACAAGACGCAAAGAAAGCUCUAGCAAGAAUAUGUAAUAAUAUCGCCAAUAUAUACGCUAUGUUGAUGGACCUGGAUAAAUGCAUUGAAUAUCAAAAUGAACGCCUCAGUUUGUCCACGACUUUAGAAGAUUUUCAUGGUCAGAGUAAAGCUUGUGUUAAUCUCGCUGAAAUUCAUUUGGUAAACAAAGAUUUUGAUCAGAGCCUUUACUGUUAUGAAAAAUUGUUGGAAGUACUUCGCGCUAAAUUACGAAUACAAAAUAAACUAGCGGAUGAUUUGUCAGAUGAGGAUGAUGAUGGAUAUAUUGAUUGGGAUUAUAUUGCCAUGGCCCGUACACUAAUUGCUGAUGAUGAGGAUGGCAAAGAGCAUGACGGUAAGAUCACAAAUACCUGCAACAACAAAGGUAAAACUUUCAAAACUCCUUUUAAGAUGAUAAGAAAAGGGAAAAAAUGAAAGAUAAGAAAAGGGUUGGACGUUUACAGGCCAUAACUUCUUUAUUCAAGUCAGAAAACCAUACAAAUAUAGUUCGUUUCCAUCAAAAUUUCACUUCAAAUAUUUGGUAUUUUUAUCAUACGAUAUUGAAACUCGUGUCAUCCAGCAAAUAUAGCAAGCCAAUUGUGAUAAUAUGAACUUAUUCUUUUGAGAAAAGUAAGAUACUCUUUAAAAUAGUGGGUAUUUAGAAAAUACACGAAAAUGUAACGUUAAAUUAUUUACAUUGUACGCUAACAAACCAAUACACAAAAUGGUAAAAUACAAAUAUAUAAGUAAAAUAAAAUAGACAAAUAUAC